GUCGCAUUCCCUAUUGGGGGCAGGAAUGCGGCAUACACUCAGUUCCCGUGCUACAACAGAGCAACACCAAAACUUCGCCUCCGUUUUGCCUCGUCCGACCCGUCAUCACUGCUUCUUUAACCCGCCGAGUUUUCAGCAGCGCCGGCCUACGUACACUCGUUUUCUGAGCUCCCCAACGCUUGCUAUCUCUGCCGGGUUUGCGACAAGUCUCCUCAAGCCUCGUCCCGUCUUCGUCAGACCGGGCCACACCGAUGGUGCGGAGAACACAGCCGGCGUGUGCUCGUAGAUGAAGGAAUAGCACGCAGAGAUGCCUGGCAAGGCGACUCUGCUGCCAGAAGGGGAGCAAGAUGCCAGGAAACUCAAACGGCGGAGCACGUUGAAUCUAUUCCGCAGUACCAAUCUCACCACCACAACCACUACCAACCACCACCACGAUGACGACGUUGCUCGUCCGACCACCCGCUCCUCGUCCCGUACGAAUCCAACGAAGCGUGCCGCAUCUGAGGAUGGUCCGCGGAUCCUGAACAGGACCAUUUCGUACUCACAUGAAUCAGAACGCUCGCAUUCUCCCUCACUCCCCCCUCAGCCUGCGAAGGGUGCGAGAUUCAGUCUCGCCCGUUUUAGACACGCAUCAGACCCGCAACUGGGAUCGAGAGCGAAGCAGCAGGCGGCCGAUGCCGAGAUCGAUAUUCCGCCAGUGCCGGCCAUGCCGACGAAGGUGCCUAGUAGUCAGCGUCUGAGGCCUUCUAACAGCACGGAAGAUCACAUGGGGGCGCCAACGGUGAUGAUUACCGCGCCAACAGUAGAUGGUUCGAUCGAAUCGACACUUGUGCCGGCACUGGAAAGGAAGAGAUCGAGGUUCCACCCCUUUACCAGGCAGAAACAGGGUGAUGGGCCAGUGGUGCUUGAAUCACAGUCGGCGCGACCCUCAAUGGAGGUGAAGCGAAAGACCGAGAACAGAAAGAGCAGAUUCGGGACUUUUAGCAGAUCAAAGGACCCUGUUGAAGAGUUGCGGAAGUUAGCAGGCAGUCGGAUGGCCACACCGAAUGGCGAAGAGUCGCUCUCAGCGGCAACCAGUCAGAACGGAGGUUCUACAUUGACGUUGCCCUUGGGCAGAAAAUCAGAAUCUUCGCGAUCAGAUCUAAGCCGCACCCACUCCUCUGAAGCCACGCCGAUCAGCCCAGAGAAGUCCUCUACCCAAUCGCACUCCACGUUCUCCUGGCUGUCGCGCAGGAAUAAGCAACGUAAUUCACUCUUUCCUCUGCCCGUACACAUUGCCCCUCCUUCGGACGAGUCUAGGCCCCCGACAGAGCCGCAAACACCGCGUGCAUCUACAAGUGGCCCAAGCAUUGAUACCCCCGACGACUCACCAGCGCACGCAAGCCCUGCAAGACAGGCACGCAUGGGCUACAAUCAUCAUGAGGUCUUUGACAUGGCCUCAAACUCUACGUCUGCUGCCCUAGCCGCUACUGCAAUACAUUUCGCCGGGCCCGGUGGCGCAUUGCCCAGGACAAACUCCAGUCAGUCACUACGCUCAGCACAGUCCACUCCUGCGCUGGGACUCCCUUACGCAACCAAAAGAAUGCGCUCGUCUACCAUGGGGUCAACGUCUGGCCAAUCAGAGGCCAGUCACCCUCCUACUCCGCCGCUCCUAAAUGGCAGCGGCAGAACUUCAACGUCCACUGCCGGACGUAGCAGUUUUAGUAACCUCGUCCACUUAAGGUACCGAUUUAGACAUGGCUCGGACCCGCACUCUCCUAGGCAAGGCUCGCCGGGCUACGGGACGGUUACUCCAGGACGCGACUCCCAAUCUAAUUCUCUGAGCAUAAGCAGAGAAGCUAUCGUUUUACCGGACAGGGAGGAGGGCGAGCCGCCCUUGCAGUAUCUGUCACGCGUCGAGAAGUUAGCACCAAAAGAUCAAAUCCCAAGCAUACUGUCGAAAAAGACGGAGGACUUUUACCACACCGUCAUGCGAAGCUUCAUGCGUAAAUUCGCGUUCUUUGGAGACCCUCUUGACAUGGCGUUGCGUAAGCUGCUCAUGGAGAUCGACUUGCCAAAGGAGACGCAGCAAAUUGAUCGUGUACUGUCAAGUUUUGCGGAUCGAUACCAUGAAUGCAACCCUGGCGUCUUUCCUGAUCCUGACAAAGCAUACUACAUGACCUUCUCGCUGCUCCUUUUGCACAGUGAUGCUUUCAACAAAAGCAACAAGCGGAAGAUGACGAAACAGGACUAUGUGCGCAAUUCUUCUACCGAAGGUGUCUCUGACGACGCCCUUGAAUGCUUCUAUGACAACAUCUUGUAUACCCCUUUCAUCAGGGUCGAAGACGAUAUAGAUAUCAAAACCAUGAGCUCGCGGAAGAGCAAAAAGACGCAACGUGUGAUCAAGCAAGCCGUGGAGCAAACAAAGACGACCAAAGAACCGCUUGACCCGUACACCCUGAUUUUUGAGAACAAGCUUGACAUCCUACGACCCCCACUGAAGGGCGUUAUUGCUGUUGAUGAUCCAUACUCGUACCUUGGAACCGCUCCAGCCUUCGCCAAAAACCUGCUGAAGGGUAUAAAAUGUGGAAUUAUCCAGCUGGAAUCCUCACGAUCAAGGCCAGACGCUUUCAAGUCACAGUCUGGCAUUGAUAACCCUGAGGACGCCAACAUUGGUUUGAUAGACUUGCCAGUACAAAAAGUCGGCGUGCUCUGGAGGAAAGAUCCAAAGAAGCGGACAGCGCGAUCGCCGUGGCAAGAAUGGGGCGCCAUUCUCACGGGUGCCGGAUUGUACUUCUUCAAGAACUCACACUUCGUGAAAAAUUUCAUUAGCCAAUAUGAGGACCAUGUUAAGCAUGGAGAUGACGGCCAGCUCACGUUCAAACCAACGAUUCAGAACUGGAGGGCUGACUUCCUGAUGCCAACGGAGAAUGGCGUAGCCCUGCAUGAUUCAACGUACAAGAAGCACAAGAAUGCUUUUGUUUUCUUCAGACACAACAAUGCCGAGGAAAUUUUCCUUGCGGACAAUGAGCACGAGAUGAAUGACUGGUUGAUGAAGCUUAACUGUCAGGCCGCAUUUAAGACGUACGGGAUUAGGCCGCGAGGUCUGCUUGGGGGUCAUUACGAAGGUCAGAGACAGAGAGGCAUGCGCAGGCUUGAAUCCUCGAAUUCAACUACGACGGCGCAGACGGUGCAGACGCCCACGGGUGAGGUCACGAUUCAGAGCGGAAAAAUUGAUCGAGAACUUGCAGAUCAGAUCCGCGAAGCUCGGCGGGAGACAAUGCAAGCGAAGAUUAAAGAGCUUGAGGAAAAGCUAGCCGACCUUAUUAGAACGGAGCGAGAGCAAAGGCGAGACGCAACCCACCUCUUUGUUUUGGCGCCAAUUCAAGAGCGUACGAGGACGCAACUGAUGCAUGCGGCAAGCAGAGUGUCUGCCCAGCUCAAGUGGAGUCGCAUCGAGAUCUGGCGCAUCAAAUGUCAUCGCGACAUCCUAGCCAUGGAUCUUGAAGAUGAAAAGAUCGAGUUGCAAAGGCGUCAAAAUUACAUCGACAGAAUCAGCCCAACAAGGCCUGCUAAGACACAGUCCAUAACGUCGCAGUCCACAACUUCGACAGCAAAGCCCCGUCCUAAUGGCCUUGACCGUCUGAGCUCUACUGGUACAACUGGUAAUAUUGGUGACAGCCCGGCAAAGAGUGUGCAAUCUCGCGCUUCCGGGCUCCGACCCGAUACACGGAUGUCUACGCGAUCUGCAUCUCAGCGAUCCAGUGUGAUGACGACAGGAGAAGACGAAGUAUUCCAAACACCUCCCGAGACGACCCCUACAGGCAGCCCUGUUCCCCCUGACUCGCCUGCAUCCCCACCAGUUGCUACGCCCACCUCAGCAAUCCACCGGGGUUCCAUCGUUUCAGCAAUGAAGUCUUCGCCGUCGAUGCGUCCGGAAAGUCCGUCUAUAGAUGGCUCAUUGGACUCGCCAUCCCUCUCCGAGUUCCGUACCCCAAUGCUCACAGAUGCAGAAGCAGAAAGGCAAAGGGAAGAGGGCGGCAUCUUAGGUAGUCCCUUUGGCAUGGACGGACAUGCCCUUGAACGUCCAGGCACAGCCACGAGCACCGAACCUGAGAAUGACAGGCCAAUGUCCGAGAGAUCGGCUCCUAUGACCGGAAGCCCCGACUCCAAGAGACACGUACGCCGGAGCUUACAACGCACUCUUCGCGAUUCUUCGAAGAGAGAGCCGUUCAAGGACGGACCGCAUCAUAGCAAGAAGGGCAGUAAAAAUGAGUCAAUCUCGUCUACCGUGCCUGAAGGAGCCAUCGCAGAGGGUGACAGUCCUGCUUCGGCUGGCGAGGGACUCAAACGGCAUGCUGGCAGCUUCACAGUGCACGGCAAGAAGGCAUCGGUCAUCACUUUUGGUGGAGAUUGGGCCAGCAUGGAUCCAGGCGAGCGAUUAAAGACGCUUGCCAGACAUGAAAGUCAGAAAGAUACCGAACGCCUCAGCCACCAGAACCAGGCAUCCUCGGCUCUCAUUCCUCCCAUCGCUGAGGGCUCUAGCCAUAGGGCUAGAGCCAUAGAUGAUGGUUUUAUGAUCCCGCCUCGACGCAGCAGUGUCAGUCUCAAGGAGCGCAGGGCUGUAAGCCAAAGCAUCGCUAGUGCAGAAUCUGGUUCGGAGCUUGGCACAGCGAGGAGCCUGCGAAAGUUCUCCAGCAGCAGUGGGCCACCUGUUUUUGAGGAUCUGGAGCGCGUGAGGGAAGAUGCACGGGCGAAUCGGAAUGGCGUACUUGAAGAGAGCAGUGAUGGGGAGACGGGCGAUGCAGUUGACAACGACAUCACCCCAAGGCCAAACAAAGUCUUACCAGUUGAGAGGACGGAGACUUGAUUGGUCACGCACGUCUGUUUGCCGAUUAUGAGAACUUUUACCUUGUUUGAAUCUGUUCUUCUCCUUACCAUGAUUGUAUAAAGCGCUCUCUCUGUCUACCCUUUUUAUUUUCUUUUACCUUUUCUUUUGCUAGGUAGUAUCUAACCGCGGCUGGAAAUGGAAGCGAUCGGCAGGUCGGGGAACGAUACGAUUGCAUGUUGUGGUCUAUGGAUGCUGGCCCUUGAAGAAGGAUUCGGAUUGGAUGAUUACUGCAUGACGCAUAUCCUUUUCUUUGCGUUUUUUUUUGUACCGGAGUGGGCGGACAUAACAAAAAAGUCUGGUGUUGGGUGUGUCUUCUUUGAGCUAUACCCUCUGUCACAGAGCUAACCCUUACUUCAAGGGCAGUGGCGGACCGUAAUUUAGAGUACAGCGUCAUUAACCAUACUGCUCUUGAUAUCGAAAUCAAUCUCACGGGUG